AUGGCUAGUCCGAUUAGAUUCAAGUUGGAAUACCGCACAGUAUCUGUUCAUUUUUUGGAUCUCAAUAUUUUCAAAGUUGAUGAAGAGGGUACAACUCGGUUUGGUACCUCUCUUUACACUAAACCAACUGACUGCAAUUCCUUAUUGGAUGCGAGGAGUUUUCAUCCUCUGCAUCAAAAGAAGGGGAUUCUCACCUCCCAACUCACUCGUGUCAUUAGGAACAAUAGUGAGUUACCUAUGCUACAACAACAACUGGAAGAAAUGGAUGCGAAAUUAGUGGAGAGAGGCUAUACUAAAGAGAUGGUUAAGAAGGCACGGGAUGACCUCAUGGAUCCUACUAAGUUGGGAAUGAGGCAACGGACAACAAAGUCAGAUCCUGAACAGAUCAACAUGGUUACCACAUAUACACCAGAUUCUAGACACCUUACUGAGGCGGUCCGGAGACAUUGGCCAGUGUCUGUGUUUGACAUAGAUCUUUCUUUUACAGAACCGAAGGUCAUUAGCUGUGACUGGCACAGCUCUAUUAAUAAAGCAGCUCAUCGAACGCAUCUGUAUGACAGCAAUGAUGUAAUCCUAAGAAGAGGACAACCCUUUAUUGCUACACUAAAUUUUAAUAAAGCAUUGCAGCCAGGACAGAACAUUGUGUUCACCUGUGAAACAGGGCCAUCACCAGCAGAGGAAACAAAAACAAAAGCCAUAUUCCCAUUAUUUAGGGCUCAGGAUAAAAGUUCAUGGAGUGCAGUCCUGACAUCCAGUGCUUCUAACUCUCUUACUGUAAACAUUACAAGUCCUCCCAAUGCUGUGAUUGGACGUUAUAUUUUUAAAAUAGCAGUCUCUGCAAAUGAUUCAGACAAAAAGUCUACUCAACACCUUGGUGGAAUGUAUCUUCUCUUCAACCCUUGGUGCCAAGAGGAUGAUGUCUUUAUGGCAGAGGAAGACAAAAAACAAGAGUAUAUUUUGAGUGAAUUUGGAAUCCAGUAUAUAGGAAGUGACCAAGAGAUGUCUGUCAUAAAUUGGGACUUUAAUCAGUUUGAUAUCCAAAUGCUUGAAAUAUGCUUUGCAAUUCUGGAUCGCAGUCUAAAUUAUCAAAAAGACCCUGUUCUAGAUGUUUCCCAAAGGCAUGACCCUGUCUAUGUGUGCAGAGUCCUCACAGCUACGGUGAAUGGUAGAGAUGAGAAUGGUGUCCUAGUAGAAAACUGGAGUGGAAACUAUAAGGAUGGGGUCAGUCCAGCCACCUGGAAUGGCAGUGUUAAUAUCUUAAAACAAUGGUAUUUCACUGGAUUCAAACCUGUGAAAUAUGGGCAAUGCUGGGUUUUUGGAGGUGUGCUGUGCACAGUGCUCAGGUGCUUGGGAAUUCCAACAAGAGUAAUUACAAACUUUAACUCAGCCCAGGACAGAAAUGGAAACUUGUUCCUUGAUUCAUAUUACGAUAGCCAUGGAAACAGUACUGACACUGAGAAGGAUCUCAUAUGGAAUUUUCAUGUAUGGAAUGAAGCUUGGCUUGUUCGCAAAGAUCUUGGGCCAAAGUAUAAUGGCUGGCAAGCAAUGGAUGGAACACCACUAGAAACAAGUGAUGGAGUCUAUCGGUGUGGCCCUGCUCCUGUUGUUGCUAUUAAAGAAGGUGAUGUUGAUAUUAACUAUGAUGUACGCUUCAUGUUCGCCUCUGUGAAUGCUGACAUUGCAAAUUGGAUUGUCUACAGUGAUGGGUCUAAGAAAAGAAUAUCAAAUGACACCAAAUAUAUUGGCAAACUUAUUAGCACAAAAGCUGUUUUGAAAUUUGAAAGAGAGGAUGUCACAGAUUCCUACAAAUAUCCAGAAGGCUCUGAUAACGAAAGACAUGUUUUUGAGAAGGCUGUUAAUAAGCUUUAUGAAAGGCCUAUGGCAGACCUUGAAAAAAAUUUACUUAAUUUCCCAAGAAGAAUAUCGGAAAAGUCACCCCAGGGAACAAUACUUUCUGGAGAUUUUACAAUAACAAAUGUCCCUACAGUUGGCCAGGAUGUAAGUUUGAUUCUAAGAUUAAAAAACCUGAUAAAGAACCAAAUCAAGAUUACUGUGAAUCUGAAUUCAUCUUCUAUUUUGUACACUGGAAGACGUUGGCGUGCACUCUGGGCGGAUGCAAAGAUUAUUUCACUGGGUCCAGAGGAAGAAAAACAUAUAUCUAUCCCAGUAACCUAUGCCCAAUAUGGAAAAUAUCUGAGUGAAGAAAACAUGAUUCGUGUUACUGCUUUGUGUGAGGUAGAAGGUUCAGAGGAACGGAUUUUGCUGGAACGAGACAUCACCUUAGCGAAACCCCCAAUAAGCAUAAAGCUUCCGGAUGAGGCUGUUUUAAAGACAACAUUUGAUGCAGAGGUUACGAUUGUGAACACAUUAUCUGAGACACUAAAUGAGUGCUAUUUGGUGGUGGAAGGAAACGGUUUGAUAGAAAGAGUAUUUACAAAAGAACUGCCACCUUUGAAGCCUGGAGAUAAAUAUGAAUUACAUAUUGCAGUCACCCCUUUCAAGAAGGGCUUAAGAACAUUACUUGUGGCUUUCACAUGUGAUAAAAUACAAAAUGUUAAAGGAUCCCACAGAGUUAUGGUGAUUUAG